AUGGCCGGGGGACGCAGAGGACUGGUGGCCCCUCAGAACACUUUCCUGGAGAAUAUCGUCCGCCGCUCCAACGACACCAAUUUUGUUUUGGGGAAUGCUCAAAUUGUGGAUUGGCCAAUUGUCUACAGCAAUGAUGGAUUCUGCAAGCUCUCCGGUUACCAUCGUGCUGAAGUUAUGCAGAAGAGCAGCUCCUUCAGUUUCAUGUACGGUGAACUCACUGACAAGGAAACAUGCAAGAAAGUCCGCCAGACCUUUGAGAACUACGAGAUGAACUCCUUUGAAAUACUCAUGUACAAAAAGAACCGAAUGCCAGUGUGGUUCUUUCUUAAAAUCGCCCCCAUCCGAAAUGAACAGGACAAAGUUGUGCUAUUUCUCUGCACUUUUAGUGAUAUCACUGCAUUCAAGCAGCCUAUUGAUGAUGACUCUUCAAAAGGCUGGGGUAAGUUUGCUCGCCUGACACGGGCAUUGACAAGCAGCCGAGGUGUUUUACAACAGUUGGCUCCGACUGUCCACAAGGGCGAGAACGUUCACAAGCACUCGCGUCUGGCUGAGGUAUUGCAGUUAGGGUCUGACAUCCUACCACAGUACAAACAAGAAGCUCCCAAAACCCCCCCUCACAUCAUCCUGCACUACUGCACCUUUAAAACCACCUGGGAUUGGGUCAUUCUCAUCCUCACCUUCUACACUGCCAUCAUGGUCCCCUACAACGUGUCCUUCAAGACCAAACAAAACAAUGUCACCUGGCUGGUGGUGGACAGCAUCGUGGAUGUGAUCUUCCUUGUGGACAUUGUGCUUAAUUUCCACACCACCUUCGUGGGACCGGCUGGAGAGGUCAUCUCAGACCCAAAACUCAUCCGGAUGAACUAUGUGAAGACCUGGUUUGUCAUUGACCUUCUCUCCUGUCUUCCUUACGACGUCAUUAAUGCAUUCGAGAACGUUGAUGAGGGAAUCAGCAGCCUCUUCAGUUCACUGAAGGUGGUGCGUUUGUUGCGACUUGGCCGUGUGGCCCGUAAACUGGAUCACUACAUUGAAUACGGGGCAGCAGUUCUGAUCUUGCUGGUUUGCGUGUUUGGUUUGGCUGCUCAUUGGUUGGCCUGUAUAUGGUACAGCAUCGGUGACUAUGAGGUCAUUGACGAGGUGGUCAACAUGGUCCGUACAGACAGCUGGCUCUAUCUUCUGGGAGAAUCCGUCGGCAUGCCAUAUCGCUUCAACGCCAGUGGCACAGGGAAGUGGGAGGGGGGACCAAGCAAAGACUCUGUCUACAUCACCUCAUUGUAUUUCACCAUGACCAGCCUGACCAGUAUUGGCUUCGGGAAUAUUGCGCCCACCACAGACGGAGAGAAGAUCUUUGCUGUGGCCAUGAUGAUGAUCGGCUCUCUCCUUUAUGCCACCAUCUUCGGUAAUGUAACCACCAUCUUUCAGCAAAUGUACGCCAACACCAACCGCUAUCAUGAGAUGUUAAACAGUGUGAGGGACUUCCUAAAGCUCUAUCAGGUUCCCAAGGGCCUCAGUGAGAGGGUCAUGGACUAUAUCGUCUCGACGUGGUCCAUGUCCAGAGGAAUCGACACUGAUAAGGUGUUACAAAUUUGCCCCAAAGAUAUGCGAGCGGACAUCUGCGUCCAUCUCAACAGGAAGGUGUUCAAAGAACAUCCAGCUUUCCGUCUGGCCAGUGACGGGUGCUUGCGAGCUCUUGCCAUGGAGUUCCAGACGAUCCACUGCGCCCCAGGUGAUCUCAUCUACCACGCGGGUGAAAGUGUAGACAGCCUCUGCUUUGUGGUGUCAGGGUCUUUGGAGGUCAUUCAAGACGAUGAAGUUGUUGCUAUUUUGGGAAAGGGGGAUGUGUUUGGUGAUGUGUUCUGGAAGGAAGUGAAUUUAGCUCAGGCCUGUGCAAAUGUCCGUGCACUGACUUACUGUGAUCUUCAUAUCAUCAAACGUGAUGCCUUACAGAAGGUUCUGGAGUUCUACACGGCAUUUGCCGGACACUUCUCAAGGAACCUAGUGCUAACCUACAACCUGAGGAAACGGAUCAUCUUCCGUAAAAUAAGUGAUGUCAAACGGGAGGAAGAGGAGAUGCUGCAAAGGAAGAACGAAGCCCCUCUCAAUCUUCCCCCAGACCACCCUGUGCGCCGUCUCUUCCAGCGAUUUCGUCUACAGAGAGAAGCGCGACUGGCAGCAGAGAGAGCCAGCCAAGGAGAACAUGAUGUUGAGAGUAGUCCUGUUCAUGCAGUGAACACCACGGUACACAUGCUACCAACUAGCAUCGUCACAGUCACUGAAAGUCCAGCCACACCGAUUGCCUCUUCAUCCUCCUCUUCAAUAUCAUCUAGAACUUCAUGUCGAGCAAAACGUUCCACUCCUAUUGCCCCCAAUGAAAACUAUACAGGAAGUAAGUCAGCCGAACCACCCAAAAAAAAGGGCUGGGGUCGCUUUAAAGACGCCACAGUCAAGUCUGACCUCUCUUGGAGUUCUGUGUCCAAAGCAGAGUCCAUGGAGAUGCUCCCAGACAGGACUAAGUCACAAGGUGAAUUGUCCCUCAAGAAGACAGACUCGUGCGACAGUGGCAUCACUAAGAGUGACCUGCGACUCGACAAUAUGGGCGACAGUACAACUAGAACCCCUCAGGAUCAGAGCCCCAUGCAGCCCGAAGGGAGCCGAGCAUUCUGCCCCAUUCCAGAACAGUGUCUUCAGGCUUGCUUUGUAGAACUAAAGCAAGAACUGCGGGGAGAUAUCCACUCGCUCAACAGAAGAAUGUCCGUGCUUGAAAACCAACUCGCUGAGAUGCUCAAACUUCUCAAAGCAAGAAAGUCCUCUGGAUCUUGA